GCUUUAUAAUUAUAAUAGAGGGGAGGGAAGGGAAGGUUUGAUGUUUAUGAGAAGAAAAGAAGAGAUGGCAUCGUCCAAGUUGGUGGUGAGUGGGAAUCCCGAUGUGGCACCACAAGACACGAGCAUGAGCCUUGAGGACUUGUUGAACGACGCCGUUUUGGGCUCUCAUGGAGGAAGGGGAAAGAGAAAGACCCACCACUUGGAGGAACAAUUCCUUGAUAAGGCCACUCUUCAGAAGCAGAGAAGGAUGAUCAAAAACAGAGAGUCUGCUGCUAGGUCCAGAGAACGCAAGCAGGCCUACACAGUUGAGCUUGAAACUCUGGUUACACAUCUGGAGGAGGAAAAUGCUCAACUGUUGAUGGAAGAGGUGGAUAGGAGAAGGCAGAGGUACAAUCAGCUCAUGGAGUGCCUUAUUCCAGUUGAGGAGAAGCGUAAACCAAGAGAAAUGCUUCGGAGAGUGAAUUCGGCCCAAUGGUGAUAUAAUAUAAUAUGUUGCUUCUCCUAAUCUUUGGUGUAGAUACCAAUCAAAUGAUGCAACAUAUAUUGUGUGAAAGGGUAAAUAUGAAAAAGAGAAAGGUUACUUAUAGCAGUACAUAUAUAGCUUUGCUGAUUAUUUUCCGGGAGGGAAAUACAUUGCUGUAUAGCGAAAAUAGCUGCAAGCCUGCAAACAAAUCAUUUAACUAAUUUGAUUCAUGCCAAGGCUUAUUAGUUAUUAUUCUGGGGAUAGGUCCUUUUAUUGGGGGAAGGGAGUUGAAAUUAGAAUACAUUGGUAAUGUUAGAUAACAUGCCUUUUGAUUUUUUAGGGGAUUAUGUUAUAUCAGUGGAGUGAGUAAGUUUCAUAUAAAAUCUUUACUGCAAAUUGCCUUAUCCA